AUGACGACGUCAAAAGAACUGAAUUUAGCCAGAAAAAGUCUUGUAGCCUCCCUUGGAGAAAAUGCAAAAGUGUACUUUGAAAAAAUGAAACUCUGGUUCCAAAUGAAGACAACAAAAGAAGAAUUUGAUUGUGAAGCAAGAAAUAUUAUGACAGAAGACCAAGUUCAUCUGCACAAUGAAUUUCUAUUAUGCUUGUUUAACAAAGUGAGAGGCUUAGCUGCAGCUACACCUAAUCGCAAAAUAGACAGAGAUAAGGCUAUAAAAGAAAAAAGGCUGCGACUGAAACGGAAAUAUAAAACUGAUAAAUCAAAUUUCGAGCCUGCAGAUAUGUAUGUGGAAGUAUUGAGUCAAACAUCAUCACCUGUUGGAGACGAGCCCAUUGGAGCAAAUCGAUCUAGUGCACAAGAGCUCGUGUUACCGGAUAGAACAUUUGUAUUAGCAAGAUUAAUGCUCGCUGCCUGGGAAAAUAAUAUGGACGGAGCAGAAGAGAAUACUGCGCAUAUAGUUAUAGCCGCGACACAGAUUUUUCUGAAAAAUAUACUCACAGCAAUAUUUACUAGGAGAAAGGGAUAUGCAGUACGAGAUGGUUCAUUCAUUUAUUGUAUUGGAGAACCAGUACCUAGUUCAUGGAAAAGAAAUUCCACACGCAUAUUACAAUCGUCAGAUAACUGUGCAACAGAAAUAAUAGAUUCAUAUGGUCAAGUACCUUCAAUAAAACCAAAUUUUGAAGAAGCUGAACAAGCUACAGCUUUUGCUUACGCAUGUUCUCCACAGACUAUUCCACCCCCAUUAAAACCUGUCAGCACAGUUGAUUUACAACAUACACUGAAGAUGUACAAAAAUCUAGUUAGCAACCACACAAUAUACGCGACUAAUAUGGAACGCUUAUAUACAUAUACCACACAUCCAACAUGGGAAGAUUUUGAAGCCAAAAAAUUGUGCCAUCAAUCCAAGACAUAGAUCUUGAUGUAGCUAAAUGAAUUACUCCGUACCAUGUAUAAUUUAAAUAUAAGGGUGUAUAUGCAAAUGUUACAUGUAUUAUUUAUGUUUUUUACAAGAUGUACUUUACUAAUAAAAUUAACU